GACCAAUUUUGACAACUUUCUACCUCUACUCUCCCAGUCUCCCACUAUCGUCUCGUCUUCAAAUAUGCUAUCCACCUGCAUCUUGACUGGUUGAAUGAAAGUUUACGUUGACCUAUGGAUUCGGACUCUGCAUCUUCUCUUUCCAGCACGUACAGUUUCUUUCAUGAAAAACCUCAAGGGGAUUUAGGGUUAGGGUUCCUCAGAGCCCCAGAAAAACCUAUCUCUAGACCACCUUCUUCCCAAGAAGUCAUUUACUCGCAGGCUUCACCCAAUGCUAACUUUAAAGCGGAGCCGGUGAAUGUGGAUGGAUGUACUUUGCUAAAGGGAAGAGUGAGCACAAAGGAUGUCUUUGGGAUGUCCGAUUCAGAUUUAGUCCCAGGGAAGUAUGAAGGAGGGCUCAAACUCUGGGAAGGUUCAUUAGAUCUUGUGAAAACUCUCAACAAAGAAAUAAAAGAGAAAAAGCUGUCAUUCGCUGGAAAGAGAGUUUUAGAGCUUGGUUGUGGUCAUGGACUGCCUGGGAUAUUUGCUAUCUCGCAGGGGGCUGCUGCUGUGCACUUCCAGGAUUUUAAUGCCGAGGUCUUGCAGCAUCUCACCAUUCCAAAUGUAAAAGCCAACACCCAGCAGAUGGCCAUAUCAUCAGAAAAAUGCAAUUCUGAGACCGAACUGCGUUACUUUGCAGGGGACUGGAGUGACGUUCAUUGUGUUCUACCACACGUACUUCCUGAAGAUAAUGGGGGCCAAACUGUUGAAGGAACUUUUGGUUAUGACAUAAUUCUCAUGGCUGAAACAGUUUAUUCGAUUUCCUCACUCCCCAGUCUCUAUAAACUUGUCAAAAAGUGCACAUCUAGUCCCCAUGGAGUUGUCUAUGUAUCUGCUAAGAAACAUUAUUUUGGAGUUGGUGGUGGAUCAAGACAAUUUGUUUCCAUGGUGGAGAAAGAUGGUGUUUUUGGAGCUGUUCUUGUAGCCGAGGUUGCAGAUGGUUCAUCUAACGUUCGAGAGGUGUGGAAGCUUCAUUUCAAGUGAAACGGAACUUGAAUGGAUUUAAUUGGGGGAAUGUUGGAGGUCAAAAUAUUUGAUUUACCUCUUAUUUCCUACUAGAGCUCGAAUGAUUCAGCACUGGCAUCUUUCUCAACUAUCUUGUCCAUUCUAUGACUGCUGCCUCUUGAUUUUCACUUCAUAUUUUCGAACAAGAUGAACUUAGAGGCAUUUCCAAAAUUAGAAAAAUUUGUUAAGCACCUUCUGGAAAAAUUGUCACUUUGAAAAAGAACACCUUAUCUUGUUAGUUUUGAUGGAUUUGAACAACCAAACACCCAUUUGAUAUUGAUGCUGGCUCAAAUUUUAGUUUUGAUGAUACAUGAUUAGGGGAUGGUGUUUUUUUGGGGAGGUUGAAGAGCUUGUGUGGUGAUUGAUUUUUUGAAGGAUUUCAUGAAAUUUAGAGAAGGCCAAGUUGGCAUUGCCUGAGCCAGUUUGGACAUCCAAAAGAGAUCAAAUGGGUAUGCAGAGAUUGAAAGAUGCCUGGACAAAGCAACUCUUCCAAAGGAUAUUUUGUCUAUUUAUAAAACAUGGAAAUUCUCUGGCAAUAUCGACAACAAUGCCUGAGACCCACCUUAUUUGAAAAGACACGACGAGCGAGAACGCCUACGAAGGUGUUGGCUACGCAAAGAUCUCAGACUCGUGUUG